AUGUCUGGACGCAUUUCAUCCGAUCAUUCUCGCUCGGCCUCACGAUCAUCCCAAACCCCUCGUUUAUCCCAGGGACAGGCUUUUGAGCCGAUGCCUCGCCAGUCCUUCGGUCGCAACUCACGCGUCCCCAAUCCCAAUGUCUUCUCCGACGAAUACUCACUAGAACCGAUCAAUACCGACGACCAAAUCGAACGUGCUCCCUCCCCCGCCUCUAUUUCUUCCUCUACCACCCUUCGCUCUCUUCAUCACCCACAAAAGACCGUCGGCCAGGCCACAACUGAGAAUGAGAAUCCAUUCGGCGAUGACGCUCGAGUCUCCUUUGAGGAAGCCCGUCGAUCGAGUCUCCCUCAGAAGGGAAUGGGCGGUUUCUCCACGAAUCGUGGCUCUAUCGCCUCAGUAAACAAUAGCCCCUUCGCCAUCCAGCGAAACCAGAGCGUUUCAUCUCGUUUCUCGAUACCGCGCGCCAUGAGUCCUUACACCGGAGCGACCGGACCAAGUCAUCCCUACGCCAUGUAUCCUCAAGUUGGAGUAAGUCGCUCGCCAAGUAUUGCCAGCACCUCGACUAUUCGCCAGCAUGAUCGCCCGUUGGGGGAAUCUAGUGGACCUCAACAUCCUUACGCCAUGUACUCGCAAAACGUUGUCGAGGAAGGGAUAGACGACGAUGUGAUCCCAAUUGGAUUCCCUGGUCAUAACCCAUCUUAUCAGCCGCCUCCAGGCCGUCGAGAUAAUGAUGUGGGUGAUAUCAUUGGAGCAGAUGGCCACGCGGAGCCAUUACCACCCUAUUCACGCUACCCAACAGGGGUGGUCCCGAAACCCCCAGGUGUCGAGAUGAUGGCCGAUAUGAACGCCCCUUCAGAGACACAACAACUCCAUUCAAUUUCAAGAGACCAACACCAACCAAUCUCGGAAACGUCGACACGGGCUUUGGUACCCUUGUCUUCUGGAGGUACUACGGCUGUGGAUUAUGAUGACGACGACAUUAGGGAACGCAGGGCUCCCCUUACAGGCAUCAUGGCGUUUGAGGAGAAGCUCAAACAGAAAGGUAAAAAGACUGCCUGCUGCGGUCUGCCCGUUUGGACUAUUGUUCUUGUCGCUACCGUGAUGUUGAUCGGCGGAUCCAUUGGAGGCGCUAUUGGGGGUGUGAUCGGCGGUAAGAGGGCAGCCGAGCAUGAUCGACAAGCGGCAGCUCAGUCGAGCGGCCCACAGAUUGUGACUGUGACCGCGACGCCGCAAAUGGAUUACUCGACAAUGACCAGUACUCCGACGAAUCUCAAGUCGGUGCCUACGGGCCAUUAUCUUGUCCCGGCCCAGUUGCAAAAUUCUUCGCGGAUGUGUGUCGAGGACAGUCAAUUCAGACCUGCUUGGGGCUGCAUGGACAAUCCCACCGACUUCGACGUCGUUGUUGGCGGGGAUAAUGGCCAUCACUCAAUCAUCUUCAAUAGCGCUGGCCCUACUUCCACGUUCACAUACGGUGCUCAACCCCCAAUUCUGCCCACCCCUACUCAAUCUCUGGGUUUCGCGAUCGACACCAGUGAUACAGGCUUGGGCCCCGCACUCUUUUUCUUUGCCAAGUUCGACAAGCUGGUGAUCGUUCCCGAAUCACAAUUCGAGUCGUCAAGCUCUGUUUCAUCACGGUCAUUCAUUGGAGAUGACUCCUUCCUGGCGAAGCUUCAUCGCAUGCAAACAGCCCAACCCGGCGACAAGCCUUGGUUCUGCUAUUGGAACCAGACAAUGAUGGAAUUUUUCAUCUACGUUAAUCAGACGAUAGCGGCGGACUCUGGUACCACCGCGUCAACCGCAACCGAUAUGGCAGCCAGUACGGCCAGUGCCCAAUCUGCUAAACGCGGUGAUACACUUCUUGACUAUCCACGAAAAAUCAAGGUUGAAGAACGACGUGACUUUUCCGGAGCUCAAGCACCUUACUGCCAGCAGAUGCAAGUCGGAUCUGAUGGUCAUCUCGUUGGACCUAUUACAAGCCAGGUCAUCAACAUCAAGGAGCAGGAGCCCACGCCAACAACCACCUACAUCAACACGAGUGGGGGCUCCCAGCAGACGUACACAGCAAAAGCACAGUAUGCAACACCGUGUUAUUGCAUUUCUACGACUGAUUAG